AUGGAGAGUGGGAGCAGGCCAGGCAGCCCCAGCACCGUGCCCCUGGCUCCCAGUGAGGCUGUCCCGGGCCCUGUGUACAAGGGGGUCUCCAUCUUCCUGGUGCUCCUCGUGUGUGUGGUGGGCAUCGUGGGCAAUGCCAUGGUGGUCCUGGUGGUGCUGACCACCCGGGACAUGCAAAUGCUCACCAACUGCUACGUGGUCAGCCUGGCCCUGGCAGACCUCACUGUGCUGGUGGCUGCAGGGAUGCCCAGUGUCUCCGAGAGCUUGGCUGGGCAGUGGGUGUAUGGCCACGCCAGCUGCCUGGGCAUCACCUAUUUGCAGUAUCUGGGCAUCAAUGCCUCCUCCUGCUCCAUCCUGGCGUUCACAGUGGAGAGCCCAAUAGCCCAGGAGGGCAGGUGGGUCACGGGACUGCCCUGUGGCCUGCAGGGACAUCGCCAUCUGCCACCCGAUGUGGGCACAGACCGUGUGCACCAUGGUGCAGGCCAAGCGAGUCGUGGUGAUGUCUGGGGGACCAUGUCCGUGUACUGCCUGCUCUGGUUCUUCCUGGUGGACCUGGACGCUGGUGGGAGCCGGGGCCUGCAGUGCGGCUACCGGGUGGCCUGCAGCCUGUGCCUACCAAUCUACCUGCUAGACUUCACUGUCUUCUUCCUCGCGCCCCUACUGGCAGCCACCGUGCUCUGUGGACUUAUCGCAAGGGUCUUGCUCCGGAGCACCCUGGCGCACCUGCCACAGCUUGGGGACCAGCACAGGGACAGUGAGGCCCAGCCGGAGGCAAGAGCCCUGGGGAGACAGCCUCGUGAGCCUGGCGGGGGUGCGGGGGCCAGCUGCCGCGAGGCUAGAGGCUUCCCUUCAUCCAGGAAGCAGGUCACCAAGAUGCUGGUGGUGGUCGUGCUGCCCUUUGCCGUCCUGUGGAUGCCCUACCGCUCGCUAGUGCUUCUCAACUCCUUCGUGGCUGAGCCCUUCCUGGACCCCCGGGUGCUCCUCUUCUGCCGCACCUGCGUGUAUGCCAAUAGUGCCGUCAACCCCAUCAUUUACAGCCUCAUGUCCCAGAAGUUCCAGGCGGCCUUCCGGCAGCUGUGUCAGUGCAGGGCGGAGAGGCCACAGAGGCGCAUGGCCAGCCUUAGCACUGCCAGCUACAGCGCGGUCCGAGAGACCCCCCAGAAGGCAGAGCCAGCAGGAGCGAGGCCGCCGGCCCUCAGGCAGCAGGGCCCCCGCUCCUGCAGCAGGGGCCUGGGUUCAGCAUGGUGCGCCGAGUUAGAGUCGCUCCGCGCUCGCGCCCCCCAGCUGUCCCGGCAGGCCCCGCGCUCCCUGCGUUCGCCCGUGGGUCUCGGGCGCCUCUUGGCCCGCGCGGCAGCCGUCGGUGACCACAGGGCUGCUCGGAGCCAGCGGCGUUUAGGGGACGACCCAGGAACGCCUAAAGUCGCCGACGUGCAGAUAAGACACGUAUUUGCAGUUUCUUGA